GGAGAUCAAACCAAACUACUCCGUACACCGCAAUUCAAUUCCCCACUUCUUCACCGAUUUAUCAAUUGACCUCCUACUACUCCAAGCGUCUCUCACCUCAAUUCCUCCACUCUUCAAUCUCCCUAUCAUCGUUCAUUUCUCCCGGCAAUGACCAGAGAGACUACUCCGCCCACCGCCAUCCCCGCCACCAACGCCGCUCGCGAACCACCUUCUCUCCCCGCUUCUCCGCUAGCCAAGCGUACGAAAACAAACGACAACGCCGACAUGACUGCCUCCAAUGCCCCCGCCGUGACCUCUAUCCAGCAGCCUCUGCCUCCGCUGUUGAUCAAGAAGCUCGUUCCUUCGGCCAAGGCACCUACACGGGGCUCGGCCUUUGCUGCGGGGUAUGAUAUGUAUGCUGCUAAGGAGACGGUGGUGCCGGCUAAGGGCAAGGCUUUGAUUGAUACUGGUAUUGCCAUGGCUGUGCCGGAGGGUACUUAUGGCCGUGUCGCUCCCCGCAGUGGUCUUGCCUCGAAGCACUUCAUCGACACUGGUGCCGGUGUCAUUGAUGCUGAUUACCGUGGUGAGGUGAAGGUGCUGCUGUUCAACCACUCUGAUGUUGAUUUCCCUGUCAAGGAGGGUGACCGUGUUGCCCAGCUGGUUCUGGAGAGGAUCUACACCCCCGAGGUCGCAGUCGUCGAAGAGCUCGAGGAGAGUGUCCGUGGUGCUGGUGGCUUUGGCAGCACUGGCGUUUAGACAUUUCAAUGAAAUGAGAUGAGGAUGAUCAUUUAACGAAUCGGGUUUUGGGGAGGCGGACAAAAUGCAUUGGAGUACAUCUAGAUUGGCGGUCGUUUGCCGUGUUUAAUGAAUCACAUGUCGAGUAUGACUAACAACAUCAAAA